AUGCAUUCUGUGGGAGUACAAAGUGCGCCAUUGAAGACGACUUCAGUCGGCACACAGUUGUCCAUGGGAUCGCUGAAAACGGCACACAUGAGAAGCAAAGGUAUCCAGACAAAGCUGCCUCUUCUCAGUGUAGGCACUGGAAUAAUUUCACCACUGGCGUCUACACCAAUAAAGGGCCCAGGCUGUCGACCUAGCAAGAGACCACGGCUUGAGUUGGAGGACGAGGAGGAGAGCGACUCCUCAAAUGAAUUUCAUAAGGAGCCUCUGGACUCGACUUACAACCCUGGAGAUUCUGUACUUACAGAGGAAUCUGACAUCUCGUUUGAGACACAGUCCACACAUGAUGAGGAAAAGUAUAUUGUUUUUGAAAGCUGCCUCAAACAGCUGUUUGAAAACUGUCCAGUGUGUAAGAAGGGCUGUAAUCUCCAACGACGAAGGAUGGGAACCUAUGUGGCUUUCACUCAGCGAUGUCCACACUGCAGUUACUUCAGAGAGUGGGAGAGUCAGCCCAUGGUUGGAAGUACCCCUGUCGGCAACCUACAACUUUCUGCGGCUACCUACUUUACAGGGACCUCCUUCAUCCAACUGGAAAAGCUGUGCAAGGCCAUGCAACUCCAGAUAUUUCAGUAUGACACCUUCAGAAGGCAUGCAAGGAAUUACAUGGAACCGGCUAUUGUUCAUAAGUGGAAGAUGGAUCAGCAGAGUCAUUUCCAGCAUCAAUUGCACCUUGGUGGGGUGGUUGCAGUAGGAGGAGACAUGAGGGCUGAUUCUCCAGACCGUCAUCCACAGAUCCAGAAAUUUCUGAGGGAACGCAGCGUAACUCAGUUCUAUGACGUUUGGCACUUUGAGAAAGGUUUGUCCAAGAAACUUGAGAAAGCUUCGCACAAUGAAGACUGUGAUGUUCUGAAGAAGUGGCUACAGAGCAUCAAAAACCAUGUCUACUGGUGUGCCACGUCAUCAAGCACUGGACCAGAAAAGGUGGCAAAAUGGACAUCACUGCUAAACCACCUACAAAAUGUUCAUGUUCAUGAAGACCCCCUUUUCCCCAAAUGUCUGCAUCCCGACCACGUCUCAAGGGACCCUAGCAAAUGGUUACAACCUGGAUCAGUUGCACUUCACAAAGCUGAGAAAAUACUGCUCAACAAGAGAGUCCUGAAGGAUGUAGAGAAACUCAGCCACCAUCACCAGACCUCAUCACUAGAGUCCUUCCACAGCCUGAUACUACGUUUUGCACCAAAGAAUGUAGUUUUCCCCUUCAUGGGAAUGUUGUGCAGGUUGUAUCUAGCAGCAAUGCACCACAAUGAAAAUGCUAUGCGGGAGCAAGCCACAACAUCUACAGGACAGGCCGUUUUCAAGGUUGUUUUUCCAAAGGCGAAGAGGGGGGAAGGCAUUGUGAAGCCCGUGAAAACAAAUCCAACCUUCAACUAUGUACGUGAACUCAUGAGGCUGCUCAUGCAGGAAGUUUUUGAGGACCCUACAUCUUUUGCAGAGGAAUUGAAGACCAUCCCCAUCCCUCCAGACCUCUCAGCAGAAUUCCCGAAAACUCCAAAGGCUGAGCUGGUUGCCCGUCACGUCUCCCACUUCAAUCAAUAGGUGGUCUGAAGCCUAUGUAAUCACCAGACGGGAACUGCUGCCGUAUCCGCUGCACCACACAUGACGGGAUGAUGACCCGACGACUAGGUCCUAAGUAGCCCCAGCACCAGCUUACAAAGCUGCGAUAGGCAAGAUGCCUCAAACGCCUGAAUUGGGCAUUAACUGAUUUACCUUUACUCAAUCAAAACAACAAAACAGCAAGUUGAUUGAUAUUAUCUGAAAUACACAAUUGAAUAACAUGACUUUUUAAUGUUUUUAAAAAUGGAGAUAUAGCGUUUUGAAACCAAACUCUUCAAAUAUUACCUCAAAGGUUCAUACUCUAUGGAAGAAGCUAUGCACUAUUGUCAUCAAUGUUUACAUGCAUACAAAUUACAUAAGAAUAAUGCUUUUGUUUUGUUUAGUAAGAGCUUAUUACAGCCAAAGUAACUUACUCUUCUUCUGUUCUGUGCCUAACAGGUCCGUAAUCAUAUUUGUAAAUGUUGUAGAUAUUUUGCAGACUGUAUGGAUUUAGACACACAGGUUCUAGGCCUGGAUGUUCCGUCAUGCACAUUAUGGGUAUUGGCACUUGGCUCAUUCGUCUUACUACCUAAUAAAGAAAAUAAGACAAGAACUA